CACAAAUUGUUAUGUUUAUGUGUGAAAAGAGAAUUGAAGAAUACACAAAUAAAUAGAGCAUAGGCAAUAAGUUUUGAUUACAAUGGGAAAAAAGAGGGGAUCCGAAAUGAACGUUUUAUUUGGAUGGUUGAUGAAGUUAUCUAUCAAAGUUAAAAUCUUUUUGGGAACAUUGGUUGCGCUUUGUGCUUUGGUGGCUCUAGGUUUUACCAUCAAAGAUCAUGAAUAUUUCUUCGUAGUCGCUGAAGCUGUUCAUCUUGCUGGGACUAUUGUCCUCUUAUACAAGCUCUUCACCAAGAAAACUUGCUCUGGUUUAUCACUUAAAACCCAAGAGAUCACAGCUUUGUACCUAUCAGGAAGAUUAAUUUGUGGCAUGCUGUUGAGAAAUGUUGUUGGCAUCUACAUGUACAUUAUGCUAGACUUGGUAUUUCUCUUGUCAACAUUACUCACAAUAUGGAAGAUAAGGUUCAAAUUGAAGUCCUCCUAUAUUAAAGAGCUUGACACCGUACGAGUGCCUUUUAUGGUGGUGAGUUGUGCAAUCCUUGCGAUAAUAAUCCACCCGCGUUCAAGUGAUUUUUCUUUCACUAACACCCUUUGGGCAUUCUGUGUGUACUUGGAAGCCAUUUCAGUUUUCCCUCAACUUCGUUUCAUGCAAAAUGCAAAGAUGGUUGAAACAUUUACAGGAUACUAUGUGUUUUCGCUUGGUAUUUCAAGAUUCUUGGCAUUGGCUCAAUGGAUAAUUCAGAUCUAUAAGACUCGAGGAACAUAUCUAUUUUUGCUAGGUAGUGGCAAUAUUUGGUUCUUGGCAGCCUUGCUAGCAGAAAUGGUACAAUCGUUUAUUUUGGCUGAUUUUUGUUACUAUUACAUAAAAAGCUUCAAACAAGGCCAACUUUUGAGGAAAAUGCCAAUUUAAGGCCCGAGUUACAGAUUUAUAGUGUGUUUAGAUUUAAGAACAACCAAACUUAAGACCAGUUGUUGAUACAUGUGCUUUUCUUAUUUUUAUGUGACAAUAUAUGUUCUGAGGGAUAUAUAAAAUGAUUUUACACAUUUUAUA